ACACCCCACCAACCAAACUCCAUCCAUACGAAAGCAGCAUCGGAUUAUUCAAAUCGCCUCCUUCAUCUCUCUCUCUCUCUCUCUCUCUCUCUCUCUCUCUCUCGCGUGUUUCUUUCUCCCUGUUCGUUCAAAAAACUGAAGCAAUUUUCAUUUAUCAAUGGAAACUCCUCCGACGGAAUUCAUCUUCCGGUCCAAGCUCCCCGACAUUUACAUCCCCACCCACCUUCCACUACACACUUACGUCUUCGAGAACCUAUCGCUCGUCAAAGAUCGACCCUGCCUCAUCAACGGCGACACCGGCGAGUCCUUUACCUAUGCCGAGGUGGAGCUCACCUCCCGCCGUGUCGCCGCUGGCCUCAGCAAACUCGGCAUCGGACAUGGCGACGUCAUCAUGCUGGUGCUCCGUAACUGUCCCCAAUUCGCUCUGGCCUUCCUGGGAGCUUCCUUUGCCGGUGCAGCGGUGACCACGGCAAACCCCUUAUUCACUACGGCCGAGCUGGCAAAACAAGCCACCGCGUCCAAGUCGAAGCUGAUCAUAACCCAAGCGGCUUUCGUUGAGAAAAUCAAGGAUUUCGCGGAAACAAAUGGCGUUUCACUGAUGUGCAUUGAUUCUACUUUACCGGAAAAGGAAGGUAUUUCACAUUUUGCUCUACUCACCCAAGCCGACGAAGCUGAUAUACCAGCCGUCAAGAUCAGCCCGGACGACGUCGUGGCGCUUCCUUAUUCUUCUGGCACCUCCGGCGUCCCAAAGGGCGUGAUGCUUACUCACAAGAAUCUGGUAACCUCAGUGGCCCAGCUCGUCGACGGUGAAAAUCCGAACCAGUACACCACCAGCGACGACGUGCAUAUCUGCGUUCUUCCAAUGUUCCAUAUCUACGCGCUCAACUCCAUUUUACUCUGCUGUAUCCGAGCCGGAGCAGCCGUUCUGACCGUGAGCAAGUACGAGAUCACCACGGUGUUGAAGAUGAUCGAGACAUAUAAGGUGACGAUGGCGUCGUUCGUGCCUCCCAUCUUACUGAACAUCGUGAAGAGCGAGGAAGUCAAUCGGUACGACCUGUCGUCUAUAAGGAUGAUAGUCACCGGAGCUGCGCCGGUGAGCGUGGAGCUGGAACAAGCCCUGAGGACUAAGCUCCCACAUGCCAUACUUGGACAGGGAUAUGGGAUGACGGAGGGAGGACCUCUAUCGAUAAGCCUGUCGUUUGCGAAGGAGCCGGUGGAGAUGAAAUCAGGUGCGUGCGGGAGCGUGAUAAGAAACGCGGAGAUGAAGAUCGUGGACAUUGAAACCGGAGCUUCGCUACCAAGAAACAGAGCAGGUGAAAUCUGCAUUAGAGGCAAUCAAGUUAUGAAAGGGUACCUAAACGACCCGGAGGCGACGAAAACGACGGUAGACAAACAAGGAUGGCUGCACACAGGAGACAUCGGAUAUGUAGACGACGACGAUCAGGUGUUCGUUGUGGACCGUCUGAAGGAGAUUAUCAAAUACAAAGGCUUCCAGGUGGCUCCUGCUGAGCUGGAGGCUCUCCUCAUCUCUCAUCCUCUCAUCUCUGAUGCUGCCGUUGUCCCGAUGAAAGAUGAGGCUGCGGGAGAGCUUCCAGUGGCAUUUGUGGUCAGAUCAAAUGGUCCUAAGAUCUCUGAGGAUGACAUCAAGCAUUUCAUUUCACAACAGGUGGUGUACUACAAGAGAAUCCAUAAGGUUAUUUUUACAGACACUAUUCCUAAAGCAGCCUCUGGCAAAAUCUUGCGUAAGGAUUUGAAAGCAAAGCUUGCAUCAGGUUUGGGCAAUUAAGUGAUUAAUUAGCCUAAUCCACCUGCAAAUUAAAUAAGUAUUAAAGCAAAUUAAGCAAUGUGUGUGUAUGAAUUUUAUUUUCAUAUAUUAAUUAUCAUAGUGGUUCUUUCACACACACAUGUUUUCUGUUUUCUUUUGCUUUUGUAUAUGAGUUCGUUUCUAUAAAUGCAAUUGGAUCAUGUAUUUUGUAAGUACUUCAAAUUAUUAAA